GUUUUUUUCAAAACAAAAACUCCUCAUAAAAAUUAUUAUUAAGUUUUCGCUAUGAAAGGCAAAACUCUUAGCUCUCAAUCACAGGGCUUGGUACUAUCGUUGCUGAAUAAUUUUCAACAAGAAAAGGGUAAUGGAGGGCCUCUAUUACCAUUGUUAGCUGUCCAAGAGAGGGUGGCUCAGGCACUAAGUAUCAGUUUGUCCAAUAUUACCAGAAUACAGCACCGUUUAUCAUCUAAUGAUAAUGUCCUAAGAUCACCUGGAAAGAAGAGACCCAGAAAAAAGUCUAAGACAACAGAUUUAUCUGAUGCAGUCAGGCAUAAUAUACGAGAUACAGUGUAUCAAAUGUAUAGUGAAAGUAAUGAUAAUGAGCAGAAACAUGUCACAAUAGCAAAUUUGAAUAAAACGCUUAAAGAGAAAGAGCUUGCUUCUAUCAGCAAUAGCUCUUUACAAAGAGUGCUGCCCACCAUAGGCUUUAAAUAUAAAAAAGAUGGUAAUAGAAGAUUUCUAGUUGAGCAAUCCAGUAUUGCUUUACUUCGCACCAAAUUUUUGAAAAGUUAUAAUGACCAUGUGAACACUUCCUCGCAUCAAAUUGUUUUCAUGGAUGAAACAUGGAUAUUUUCAAAAGGCAGUCCAAAAAAGUCUUGGCAAGAUGAGCCAAUAAAAAGUGUAAGGAGACCAUUGGGCUUUCAAGGAAAGCGAUUUAUUCUUGUCCAUGCAGGGAGCGAAAAAGGAUUUGUUGAUGGAGCAAGUCUGUUAUUUUCCUCACAGUCUAAAUCUGCAGAUUACCAUGGUGAUAUGAACGGCGAGACAUUCAUUAAGUGGAAAAACUCCUCUUCAACUUGGAAGAGCCAUCAGUGA